AUGGGGAAAGAAUACAUUGAUAAAGUCACAAGUAAUGAUAUCCUUUGGACGAAAAAUGGAAGAGAAAAGAAGGCCCACGCUGGCAACAAACUAUUUUGGAAGAUUGUGGAAGGAGCCUUCAACGACCAUCGCCGUAAUUCCAGCAAUUUGAUGAUGGCAUUUCACAUUGUCGACAAGCUGGAGGAAUUUGAUCCACCUAUGCGACUCUUGCAAUUCGAUAAGGACGUUGGAAAGUAUUACAAAUGCAGCACCUCGAAUGCUUGGCAAAGAAUUCAACAGGCAUUCAACAGCUUGGAGUCGUCAACCGCACCCGACAAGACCAAAAAGCGAGCAGCAAAAGCAAUGACAAAGAGGAUCAUUACGGGUGCCAAAGUUUCCAGACAAUAUGAAGAUGAUCAAGAUUCGAAUCCAAAACAAAAAUCAGCUACUCCACAGCCAACAAAAGAAAGUACGGACAAUUUACCUCCAGCAAUCGUUUCACCGAACCAACUCCAAGACGAAGAGGAAACCACUUGGCAUUUGCCAGAAAAUGAAGCCAUCAUACCACCAUUACCCCAGAACCGGGAUGAGACCAAUGUGCAAAAGAUUCCAAUUACUGCGACUGUUGGAAACCAUGCCAGCAGUGAAAUGGAGUUGGAUUGGCCCGAAGAACAAGAUGACCAAGCCGUCGUGAAAGUCUACGUCGACGAACAUGAUUUCACGGAAUCUGAUAUUCUUUAUCGUGGACGUCGCCGAGGAAAGAAGGCGGAUAUUGACUUGCCAAGCGAUGCAUUCCGAAUAUGUUUGCAAGAGACCUUUCGAAAGUACCAAGACUCCUGCCAAGGGGAUCCAUCGGCCAAACGGCGAUUCCAUCUAUCAGUCUUAUAUGGGCUUCGGCAGCUGAAUCCAGACAUCCGAUUCCUCAAGUACAAUGAGGCCGUUGGAAAGUUCCAUGAAUGGAACCACAGGGAAGCAAUUGAGAUGAUUCUGCUGGAAAUGGAGGGUCAAAGUAAACCAAGACCAGUCGCCACUACUCCCCAAGAAGAUGAUACAUCCAACAAUACAAUUUCUUCCCCCAGUUUACCAAUAGCUCUGGACCAACCACAAGUCAAAUUACCAGUCUCAAGAACUACGCCAGCAACUAUUGAAAUUGCAGACGGAAAUGGCGAAGGCGAACAGCAUGCGGUGCUACACGAAGAAGACAUGGAUGCACCCGCCAACAACAAUCUUGAAACGAGAAAGUGUCACAACCCAGGUGUUGACGGCGCUAGCCAAGCAGACUAUCUAGAAGAAGAAGAAGAAGAAGAAUAUGACGAGGAAGAGGAAAAUAAACACAUGGAAGAAAUGAAUCGAGCAAUGGAACUUGGGCUCUGUGAUAGUAGUAGUUGCGACACAAGUGAAGACGAAGCAGAGCCAGACACUGAGAUUGUGAACGUAGUGGAGUGGACGAACCCUUCACACGACAUAAUUUGCAUUGACUAG